GGAACCAGUGGUAGUGUUUGGGUUUGAGGAGAACACGACCCAGCCCUGUGGGGCGGAGUCUAGCGGGGUCAGCGACCAAUCGCGCCGAGGUCCAGAGAGGCAGGGCCCUCCCGGAGGCGGUGCCUGUGUGGGUUCCGGGCCGCCCGGGGGUGUGCCCAGGCCUGCACAGCUGCCUGGGCCAUGUCGGCGCCGCCCGCCCUGCAGAUUCGGGAGGCCAACGCGCACCUGGCAGCCGUGCACCGGCGCGCGGCGGAGCUGGAGGCGCGGCUGGACGCUGCGGAGCGCACGAUGCACGCCCAGGCCGAGCACCUUGCCCUCCACGACCAGCACCUGCGCGCCGCCCUGGACGAGCUGGGCAGCGCCAAAGACCGCGAGAUUGCCACACUCCAGGAGCAGCUGAAGACGUCGGAGGCCACUGUCCACAGCCUGCAGGCCGCUGUGCAGCAGAGGGAUGAGCUGAUUAGGCAGUUGCAGCACCGGGCUGAGCUGCUGCAGGACAUCUGUCGCCACCGGCCACCCCUGGCUGGGCUGCUGGCUGCCCUGGCUGAGGCUGAGCACCUGGGGCCCCUCCCGGCCAGUAACCCCAGCCGCCCACCCCCUGGUGGGCCUGGUCCACCCCUUGCCAACAGCACUGGGGAAGAGGCAGACAGCGACCACCUCCAGCCUGCAGUGUUUGGGACCACAGUGUGAGCUGGGAUGCAGAUUCCAGUAUAGACACAGAGGGCACCGCUGUCAGUGUCCCUCCGAGUCACCAGUGUCCUGAAGGCGGACCCUAUGGCAGAGCCACAGUCCUGUUUAAGCAUUAGAACAGGCAAAACAGUCAACGGUUUCAAACAGGCCCACAGGCCAGAUGCAGAUGUGUAACCCAGACA